UCUACUUUUCUUUCUUCUUCUUCUUCUUCAAUGGAAGAAUACAACGGGCGGGAAGAGCAAAAACAAAGACAAAGAUCAAAAUCUGUAGAAUACGAAGCAGUGAUACGUGCUGGCCCACACAUUCGACCUCUCCAACAAGCUCAUGCUCAUCUCAUUGUCUCAGGUCGUCACCGUAGUCGUGCCCUCCUCACCAAACUCCUCACUCUCUCCUCCGCCGCCGGUUCCAUCGCCUACACCCGCCGUCUCUUCCUCUCUGUCACCGACCCCGAUUCCUUCCUCUUUAAUUCCCUCAUCAAAGCCUCUUCCCAGCACGGUUUCUCCCUUGACACUAUCUUUUUCUACCGUCGUAUGCUUUCUUCCCCUCACAAACCUUCUUCCUACACUUUCACCUCCGUUUUCAAAGCAUGUGCUCAUCUUUCUGCUCUUAAAAUAGGAACCAUUCUUCAUUCUCAUGUUUUCGUUUCUGGGUUUGGUUCUAAUUCAUUUGUACAAGCUGCAAUUGUUGCUUUUUAUGCUAAAUCGAGUGCAUUGUGUGUUGCACGUAAGGUGUUUGAUAAAAUGCCUCAACGAAGUGUUGUUGCUUGGAACACGAUGAUUUCGGGUUAUGAACACAACGGGCUUGCGAAUGAAGCUAUGACACUGUUUCGGAAGAUGAAUGAAAUGGGGGUUUGUCCUGAUUCAGCAACUUUUGUUUCUGUGUCGUCGGCUUGUUCUCAGAUUGGGUCUCUUGAAUUGGGGUGUUGGGUGUAUGAUAGUAUUGUUAGUAAUGGGAUUCGUGUCAAUGUGAUUCUUGGUACGUCGUUGAUAAACAUGUUUUCGAGGUGUGGCGAUGUAAGAAGAGCGCGUGCGGUUUUUGAUUCGAUUAGUGAAGGGAAUGUUAUUGCUUGGACGGCUAUGAUAUCGGGGUAUGGUAUGCAUGGUUAUGGUGUUGAAGCAAUGGAGCUUUUCUAUGAAAUGAAAAAAGAAAGGGGGCUUGUUCCUAAUACGGUUACUUUUGUUGCUGUUCUAUCUGCAUGUGCUCAUGCAGGGCUAAUACAUGAAGGGAGACAAGUUUUUGCAAGCAUGAGAGAAGAGUAUGGUUUGGUUCCUGGACUGGAGCAUCAUGUUUGUAUGGUUGAUAUGCUUGGGAAGGCUGGGUUGCUAACUGAAGCAUAUCAAUUCAUCAAGGAACUUUGUCCUGUGGAGCAUGUUCCGGCAGUGUGGACUGCAAUGCUUGGUGCUUGCAAGAUGCAUAAGAAUUAUGAUCUUGGGGUGGAAGCUGCUCAACAUCUCAUUUCUUUAGAGCCAGAGAAUCCUAGCAAUUACGUAUUGCUUUCUAAUAUGUAUGCAUUGGCUGGGAGAAUGGAUAGAGUGGAAUCUGUUAGAAAUGUAAUGAUCCAAAGAGGUAUUAAAAAGCAAGCGGGUUAUAGCUCUAUUGAUGUCAACAAUAAAACUUAUCUUUUUAGAAUGGGUGAUAAGGCUCAUCCUGAGACCAAUGAGAUUUAUCAGUAUUUGGACGGGUUGAUAUGGAGGUGCAAGGAAGCGGGUUAUGCACCAAUUCCUGAAUCAGCAAUGCACGAGUUGGAAGAAGAAGAGAGGGAGUAUGCCCUCAGACACCAUAGUGAGAAGCUUGCAGUAGCAUUUGGGCUGAUGAAAACUAGUCAUGGAACGGCGCUCAAGAUUGUCAAGAACCUUAGGAUAUGUGAAGACUGUCAUUCGGCAAUUAAGUUCAUCUCUGUUGUGACAAAUAGAGAGAUAAUUAUUAGGGAUAAGCUUCGUUUCCAUCAUUUCAGAGAAGGCUCGUGUUCUUGUUUAGAUUAUUGGUGAUGGGUGCAUUAAUCUGUUUAAUCAGAGAUAAUUUUGAGAACAAUCUCUGAAGAGAAUGAACAAGCAUGUGUGGGGAAUAUUAUAACAUCACAUGUGAAACUAAGGUUGCAAGAGUGGUCAACAUAUAUGUGUUAAUAGUUACCGAAUCAUGCCUCACCAACUCUUCAACACUACUUUAAAUGUCAUAAAACAUACAUAUCAUCAUUAAACAGAUGGAAAGACACAUCAAUCAUACCAUUCCAAUCAAUGUAUCUCUUAUUUCAUGUUACAUGGACAAGCCUUUAUAUGAUACAUAAUCACACCACAACGUCUAAUCAUAGAAGUGCAAAAUCAAGAGAUUGGUGUUCCAACAAGCUUAAAAUUGAUAUGAUACAGACACAUGUAAACAUAUUGAUAUCACACAUAAGUUUGGAAUAUAUUGGUCGGGAAACAUUAAAGUUA